AUCAUCACCACAAACAAAAAAAUGUUCACUCCAUCUCAUCUCAAAUCCUUACACCCUCUUCAAAUUUUCUCCCCAAAAUCAUCAUCAUCAACAUCAACACAUUCCUCAAAUUUAUCUUCCAUGAAACUCAAAAGAAUCAUCCACACCCUCUUAGUUUCACACUUUUGUCGAAUAUUUCGCGCACUCUCAAAACUCAAACACUUCAUUAUCGAAAUUCUCAAAGACACCAACAACAACUCAACCAUCAACUUCACUUACUAUUCCUCUCACAAAAAACGUAACAACAUAAGAAAAAAGAUCAUCCUGGGCUCUUUCAGACUUCAUUACAACUGGUGCUCAUCAAAAUCGUCUCAUGUUUUGCCAGUUCCGGACCCUCUUUACGAGAAUCCGGACGCGAAUCUUGCGGGGUAUUUAGAGUGGCUUGAAGAGAAGAAAAUUCAAGAGGGUGUAAAAGAGAAAGAGAUUGUGAAUGAGAAAGAGAAAGAGAAUAUUGAUAUGUUGGCUGAAAUGUUUAUUGCUAAUUGUCAUGAGAAGUUUAAGUUGGAAAAACAAGAGUCUGAUAGGAGGUAUCAAGAAAUGCUUGCUAGAAGCAUGUGAAGAAUUGAGAUAGCUAGCUAGAUGCAACUUUUUUUUUUAUAAGGUGUUUUUCUUUUGUAAUAUUAUCACUAGUUGAUCACUUGUUGCUGUAACUUGUGCUUUUUCUUAUACAUUCAAAUUUAAUUUGGGUGGAUUGGAAUA